AUGCAGCGCGGCGCGCUGUCCCCGGUGCUGAUGCUCAGCGCUGCCCCGGAGCCUCCGCCGCGCCCGCCUCCCGCCCUCUCCCCGCCGGGCCCGGGCCCCCGCCAUGGCUCGGCUCGGCCCAGCCCUGCCCCAGAGCCGUCGGGAGGCCUGGGCGCGGCGCUCGACAGCAGCCUGCGGGCCGCCGUGGCGUUCAAGGCGGAGGGCCAGCGCUGCUACCGAGAGAAGAAGUUCCGGGAAGCCAUCGGCAAGUAUCACCGGGCACUGCUGCAGCUGAAGGCGGCGCAGGGAGCCCGCCCUGGAGGUCUGCCCGCCCCCGCCCCCGGGCCCGCCAGCAGCCCGGGGCCAGCCCGCCUCAGCGAGGAGCAGCGGCGCCUGGUGGAGAACACGGAGGUGGAAUGUUAUGACUCUCUCACGGCCUGCCUGCUGCAGUCGGAGCUGGUGAACUAUGAGCGGGUGCGCGAGUACUGUCUCAAGGUCCUGGAGAAGCAGCAGGGCAACUUCAAGGCCACCUACCGCGCUGGCAUUGCCUUCUACCACCUGGGCGACUAUGCACGCGCGCUGCGCUACCUGCAGGAGGCCCGCAGCCGGGAGCCCACAGACACCAAUGUCCUGCGCUACAUCCAGCUGACCCAGCUGAAGAUGAACCGUCGCAGCCUCCAGCGGGAAGACAGUGGGGCCGGGGCUGGGGCCGGGGCGGGGCCAGGGAAUCGGGAUGUCAUAGGCUAA